AUGCGCAACAUUCGUCCAUCAUUUAAUACUCGUUUUGGAUGGAUGGUAGGCUUACCAUAUACGGGAUUCUUCUUCAUGAUACUCGGUGGACGUGAACCGUGGACACUGAAAAAUGAAGUAGAAGACUGGUUCCAGACAGAUUCAGCGUGGAAAUCGCAAUCUAUUGAUUACCCCAAACCUGAUGGUAAAGUCACAUUUGAUAUUUUAUCUUCGGUGGCUCUCACUGGAACAAACCAUGAAGAAAAUCAACCAUCUCAUUUGCUAUUGAGAAAUGAUGCUGAUGCAGAGCUCACGUCAUGGCGUCGAUUUGCUGGCAUAACAUCUCGUUUUUGUCCUGCAGGUUUCCUUUUUGUGGCUUCAUAUCUUCUUAGCUGUCAAUUUAAGAUAUUUUUUAUGAUUUAUUUUUACUUUUGAUU